AUGUCGAGUCCCGAUUUCGAUGCCAACCUACAGGCCAAUGAUGACUCUAGAGGCAAAAGAGUGUCGCGUAGAACUUCACGCCUCACUUCUCAGCAGGUCCAACACAAAAGAGACCUAGAUCGAGCCUCACAGCAAGCGUAUCGGCAACGGGUAAAAUCUCGGAUCAAAAAUCUGGAAGAUGAACUGGCUCAUGUCAAGGCAAACAGUGGAAACGGUCACCAAACUUUGCUCCACGAGAUUCAAUCUCUCAGGGACGAAAACAGACGCCUCCAGGCGCGUCUAGAGAGUAUUCGACAGUUAGCCGACGGGGGGCUCUACCAAACACGCGAUGAUACUGGAUUGGUAUCAUCUGGCCAGCCCGAACCCUCGGCCGAGGCACGAUCGCUUCCCCAGACGGGCCUUGCUUUCGUGCUACAACCGAACUCUCCGCCACGCGAUGGCGUUGAACGCGCAGACAGGUUGGACAUCAACAGAAAUGCCGAUGAUUUCCGGCCGCAGAAUGAAUAUAUGACCACUGCCUCCCAUGAAGCUGACGCUCCAUCACCGUCACGCGCCACCACUCAAGAUCAUGAUAUUUCGAUACGCUUCCCCACCCAUAAUGCCUGCCAAUUCUUAGAUUCCAAUGUCCCCACCUCAUCGCGCGAUUUCACCAACGAAGCUGGCUUACCAUUACUCACGACGCACGAAACACCCCCACCAGCUGUACAUUCACCGCAUGAAUUUAAGCUCCCCGCAAGCAUUGAACCCGUCAUGCCCAAGCACAUACCGGGGAUCUAUCCAAUUGAAAAAAUAAUUCUAAACUUUAUAGCCUCUCGGCGGACAUUGGCUGCUAGAGGACUCCCGGCAGGUGCUUUAUUAGGACCCGAUUACCCAUUGGUACAGGGAUUUGUGAACCCAGAGAACAUCAGAGGGGUUCAUCCUACCUGCCAAACCCUAACAGAGAUCCUCCUAACAUUUAGAGAUGUUGCCCUUCCUGAAAAGCUUGCAUUUAUGUUUGUUAUGUUCCGCACGUUGAGGGUACGUAUCUAUACCUGGAUGCCUUCACGUCAGCUAACGGGUAAAAAGUGGCAGCUGUCAUCCUCAAGAUUCGACUACGAACAAAUGCCGAGGUGGCUGCGGCCGACCGCCCUACAAAUAACAGUCCCCCACUCUGCAUGGAUAGACAAUAUACCAUGGCCCCAGAUGCGGGAUGCAUUGAUCGAAAGUCCUUCAAGAUACCCAUACUCAACCUUUUCCGCACUUUAUUCGCCAAAUGUCACUGUCAAUUGGCCUUACGACCCAAUGGAUGCCGUAAAGGAGGUUGAAAAUGGAAUGAUCCUCAACCCGAUAUUUGAGAAGCACAUUCGACGGUUAAAGAAUUGGAAAUUGUCUAGUCGUUUUGAAGAAUACCUACCAGGGUUAGCCGAGGAGAUCCAUCGGUGA